AUGCAGGGACGUCACUGAUGGUUAUAUAGGCUGCAGCUGUGGCAGCGGGCUCGCGCUGCAUGAGGACUGAGGACCGGUGGCGCGCGCUCCCACUCUCCCCAAACAAAGAAGCACGCGAGGCAUCACCGCAUCCACUCACCCGCCAGCUCACCGUGCAGAAGCGCCCCCUCCCCGUCCCUGUCACGCAGAACCGGUCCAGAGGCCACGAUGACCGCCAACGGCGCCGCCAACGGAACCAGCGAUAUGCUGCAGAUCCAGUUCGGCCUCAUCAACUGCGGGAACAAGUACCUGACCGCGGAGACUUUCGGCUUCAAGAUCAACGCGUCCGCCACCAGCAUGAAGAAGAAGCAGAUCUGGACCCUGGAGCAGAGCGGGGACGAGUCCAGCGGGGACGUCUUCCUCCUCAAGUCACAUCUGGGCCGGUACAUCGCCGCUGACAAGGACGGCAACGUGACCGGGGACAGCGAGAACCCGGGCCCGGAGUGCCGCUUCGUCAUCACCGCGCACGAUGACGGCCGCUGGUCCCUGCAGUCCGAGGCGCAUGGACGGUACCUGGGUGGCACCGAGGACCGGAUCCUCUGCUUUGCGCAGACUGUCUCCGUGGCGGAGAAGUGGAGUGUGCACAUCGCCAUGCACCCGCAGGUCAACCUCUUCAGUCUGACGCGCAAGCGUUACGCGCACCUGAGCGACAAGGUGGACGAGAUCGCCAUCGACCGGGACGUGCCGUGGGGGGUGGACUCCAUGAUCACGCUGGUGUUCUGGGAGCAGCGCUACCACCUGCAGACCUCAGACAACCGCUUCCUGCGGAACGACGGAGCGCUGGUGGCCACCACGGACAGGGCCACGGGCUACACGCUGGAGUUUCGCUCCGGGAAAGUGGCCUUCAGGGACUGCAGCGGCAGGUACCUGGCACCCUCCGGGCCCUCUGGGACCAUGAAGUCCGGCAAGAGCGCGCGGGUGGGCAAGGAUGAGCUGUUCGUGCUGGAACAGAGCCACCCGCAGGUUGUGCUCACCGCUGGGAACGAGAGGAACGUCUCCACCCGACAAGGCAUGGACCUGUCGGCCAACCAAGACGAGGAGGGCGACCAGGAGGUGUUCCAGGUGGAGAUCUGCCGUGAGAACAGGAAGUGUGCAUUUCGCACUGCUGCUGGGAAAUACUGGACCCUGACGGCCAACGGCGGCCUGCAGUGCACCGCCUCCACCAAAUCGGCUAAUUGCUACUUUGACAUUGAGUGGCGUGGCAAGCGCCUGACUCUCCAGGCUGCUAACGGGAAAUACGUGGCCGCCAAGAAAAACGGACAACUGGCAGCAACUAACGACACCGCAGGUGAAUCUGAGGAGUUUAUUAUGAAACUGAUCAACCGACCGUUCAUUGUGCUGCGAGGAGAGCACGGCUUCAUUGGCUGCAGGAAGGUGACCGGGACUCUGGACUCAAACCGCUCCACUUAUGACUACUUCACCCUGCAGUUCAGUGACGGAGCGUACAACCUGCAAGACUCCACUGGGAAAUACUGGAUGGUGGGGAACGAGCACUCGGUUGUGAGCAGCAGCGACACGCCUGUUGACUUCUUCUUUGAGUUCUGCGACUACAACAAGCUGGCCGUUCGUCAUGCCGCUGAUGGCAAGUACCUCCGUGGCGACCAUGCCGGUGUGCUGAAGGCCAACGCCGAUGACCUGGAGUCUGCCACGCUUUGGGAAUACUGAGGAACCAGAAGAACACUGCCUGCCCUUUUGAGCUACCUUGACACCUCCCCCUCUCCCUUCACCUGAUAUAUUAUCUGUACUUAUGAUUAGAUGUUGAUUAAAGCGCAAGGAGAGAACAGCAAGGCUGAGGAAGGGGACUCUUCUCUCCCUCCCUUUCCUUCCUUUUUAUCCUUCCUUCCUCAGUUUCUCUGCCUGAGGUGCCAACCUUCGUCUGUUGCCAUAGUUACCACAGGCACUUUUUUGUUCUUCCUGCUUUGAUAGCUUGCUGUUCCAUCCCUUCCUGAUGUCUGUGCGAGCAGCAGUAACUUAUGUCAGAACCGAGACUUGUACUCAAGCCAAUACCCCAAUCGGAACCAAUCGUAAUCACUUUUGUUGGGUUUGGUUUGUUGGGUUUGAGUAGAUUUUCUGGUUUAUUUUCAUGAGUGGGUCGUUGUUCCCGCUAUGAUUGUAAAAUUGUGUGGAUCUGAUGAAUCAUCAUGUAGCUGCUCAUGUUGUGUGUUUAAAACGUGUUCAGAUGCAAGAAAACUUGCUCUGUUCUUGUCGGGUUUCCUGGAUGGAGCAGGAAGUCAAAGCACUUGUCCUAAUCCCCAUGUGAGAGUUUGAGUCGUCACGGCAACAGCGUAACAAGUAAACGGGGAGUAUCUCAGCCCUUAUAUGUGCGUCUACUGCACUUUGCAUGGAAGAAAACGCACCGCUUUGUUUUCUAGGCACAGAUGACUGCCAUAUCGCCGUAACUGUAAUGAAAUGAUUAAAAAAAAGAUACAGCUGCUCUGGAUUAACAGACUUUCAUCUCAUGUCAAACUGGUUAAAUCUGGUGCUACUAACCGGCUCAUCUCUUACGGUCAGGACAAACUGACAAACUUGUUCCCCCAAAUCUGCUGCUGCUUCACCUUUCACUCCAGUCUGAACCGUCAUGGUUUUUUUUUUGUUUGUUUUUUUUUAUCUUGGGAUUUUUUCUGGAAACUGAAAAAAAAUGUAGAUGUCUUUAUUGAAUAGUUUAACAAUGUAGUCCUGGUUUUUGCAGCACCUUGUAUCUCAGCUGGUCAUUAUCGAGUGUUCCUCUGGAGUAGAACUCUGCAGCUACUACUAGAGUCCAUAAAGUCUCAGAUUGUAGUUGGUCCCAAAGUUUUUCUUACUUUCUGAAGCUUAAAAAUGUUUGGAAUUGAUGUGUGUAUGGAGCAGUUCUCCCUGGAGGAACUUGCGCCUGGAGGCAAACGGAUGUGGAAGGGGGGACUGUGCCUUACUCUUGACUCGUCAGGCAGUAGGAAACGAGAAAAUGUAACGUCCACAUCUUUGCUUCGGUAAACUGGAACUUCUUUUGUAUUAUUUUGUACAAGUAUGAUUCUUUUGAUAUUGUGGAUGACUCUCUUGUGCCAUUGGUUCACCUGAAAUUCAACGACCAAUAAAAACUGGGUUUGAAACGCAA